UUAAAGGAUCAGCAAUACUGCAGUAAAUCACCUGGAGCCAGGCAGAAGCUGAGCUUCUGUGUCUUCUGGCAGUUUGGCCUGGGACAGUCUAAUCUGUCCAACCUCAUUUUCUUCAUCUGUGAAUUGGAAGUGAAGAGAGUCUUCCCCUAGACCCUUCAGAAGGAACGCAGCUCCGCCUGCCCUGUGAGAGCCCAGAGAAACUCACUUUAGACUGCUGCCCUCCAGAUCUCUGUGUCUUCAGCCUGCGGAAAAUCCUGAAGAUGGCCAAAGAUGAUUCCACUGUUCGUUGCUUUCAAGGCCUGCUGAUUUUUGGACAUGUGAUUGUUGGUAUGUGCGGCAUUGCCCUGACAGCAGAGUGCAUCUUCUUUGUCUCCGACCAACAUAGUCUCUAUCCCCUGCUUGAAGCCACCGACAAUGAUGACAUCUAUGGAGCCGCCUGGAUCGGCAUGUUUGUGGGCAUCUGCCUCUUCUGCCUAUCUGUCCUAGCCAUUGCAGGGAUCCUGAAGUCCAGCAGGAAACUUCUCCUAGCGUAUUUCAUUCUGAUGUUUAUAGUAUAUAGCUUCGAAGUGGCCUCUUGUAUCACAGCAGCAACACAACGAGACUUUUUCACACCCAACCUCUUCCUGAAGCAGAUGCUGGUGAGGUACCAAAAUAAUAGCCCUCCAACCAAUGAUGAUAAAUGGAAAAACAAUGGCGUCACCAAAACCUGGGACAGGCUCAUGCUGCAGGACCACUGCUGUGGUGUAAAUGGUCCAUCUGACUGGCAGAAAUACACAUCCGCCUUCCGGACGGAGAACAAUGAUGCAGACUAUCCCUGGCCUCGGCAGUGCUGUGUUAUGAACAAUCUUAAAGAGCCACUAAACCUGGAGGCUUGCAAGCUAGGAGUGCCUGGUUAUUACUACGAUCAGGGCUGCUAUGAACUGAUCUCUGGGCCAAUGAACCGCCACGCUUGGGGCAUUGCCUGGUUUGGAUUUGCCAUUCUCUGCUGGACCUUUUGGGUUCUCCUGGGUACCAUGUUCUACUGGAGCAGAAUUGAAUAUUAAGCAUGAAGUAUGACCACUAUACCUCCUUCCUCUGGGGACUCUGGAUUUGGUGCUGGAACUUGCUCCCCCUAAAUUUGUACCUGCAGUAAUGUGAACAUCUUUGUUGUAUCACCGAGGCAGAGGGCAUGGAACUGUGUUAGGCCUCCUAGCUCUUACACUUCUCAGAAAUGCUAUUUUUCAUCCUAGUAAAAGAUUCUGUGUCAUUUUUGUGCAUUACAAGAUGGAUAAAAUCUGGAAAGUGGUGACUGUUCUCACCCCUCUUCAUUUUUUAUAUGGGGUAUAAAGACAUUCAAAGAAACCUGUAUUGUCACAGUAAGCCAGGUCUGUAUGUAUUUCAAGAGCAGAUCUGCCCUUAUUUCUCAAGUUUUCUAAAAAAAACACACACACUAAUCUUCUAAGGCUUCCAUUUAUCUCAGUGUUUUCCAGAUGAGGGAAGGAAAGAAUACAGAAUGUACCUUUAGCCUUUUAUUCCAUGGCCCCUGACUUAUGAGACUCUAGCAAUUCUCUUGAUACUGCUUUCACUCCCUUUUAUUCUACAGAGCAACCUAUGAUCUUUAACAGUAGUUGAACUUUCCUCUCACGUCUUUCAGAGUGCUUUGUGUCUAAUAUUCUCAAUUCACCAUUAAUUAAAAGUGUAUGGAGGGCUAGGGAUUUAGCUCAGUGGUUCUGCUGCCUGCCUCGCAAGUGCAACGACCCGAGUUCAAUCCAUGGUACCAAAAAAAAACCUCAAACGUAUAUGGAGCUGAGCAUAGUGGAGCCGGGCAUAGUGGUGCAUGCCUGUAAUCUCAGUACUCUGGGAGGCCAAAGCUGAAGGAUCACAAGUUUAAAUCUAGCCUCUGCAAAUUAGACCUUAAGGAGAACUUUCCUCAAAAUAAAAAUAAAAAUAGAGGCUGGGGAUUUAGCUCAGUGGUUCUGCCGCCU